GAGCAGUUUCAGCGCCAACUUCAGAGCGUUUGCGAAUGUCAGAAAGUGUAUUAUUUUUUGUAUGUUAAUAGCACCUAAAUUAACGCGAUUUUCCUUACUUUCUCAGUUGCACCAUCAAGUUGAGUGUCUAUAUUAAGUGAUUUUCUAGUGAUCCAGUGUGGCAAAUUGGUGCGAGUGGGUGAAAAAGUGUGUUUUCCGGGGGUGUAGGAGUGUACGUGGAUUCCAAAGUUGGGGGCACUAAACAAAAAUGGCGGCCAAUGUUGACACUUGUUUGUGGCUCCACAAUAAAUUGGGCACUUCCAAUGCCAAUGAUAGCUGGACGAGUGGCUCAAUAUGCUCCCAGCUGAACAAGGAAGUUCUCAAGAAUAUCAAGGACUGCUUCCCGGAUCUGCAAACGCAGGUCAAGCUGAAGCUGCUGCUCAGCUUCUUCCACAUUCCGAGGCGUCAUGUUGAGGAGUGGAAGAAGGAGCUGGAGGAGAUUAUUGAAGUGGCAGGGCUGGAUUCAGAGCUGUGGGUGUCGAUGGUAGCCGAGACAAUGAAGACUUUUCCCGCCACUGGAUCUCUCAAUACGGAAAUCUCAGAUUACGAUGAGACUAGACCCAUUUUCACGGACAUGGUGAACGACUUGAAGAAGCUAGUGAACAAACACAGCGAUCUCUGUAUGCUUCCUCUGGAGUGUCAGUACCUCAACAAAGCAGCUCUUAUCUCUGUUGUUGGGCAACAGUCGCCUCCAGUAAAGCAUUUUACGCUCAAACGGAAGCCCAAAAGUGUCCAGCUGAGAGCUGAACUGUUGCAAAAAUCUUCCGAUGCUCAGUCGACUCUUAAGAAAGCUAGUGCUCCCACAAUCCCAUUGAGAUCUCGAGGAAUGCCCAGGAAGAUGACAGAUACCACUCCACUCAAGGGGAUACCCUCCAGGAUGCCCACAAGUGGUUUCCGGUCGCCGACAUCGGGAUCGGGUCUCAGUAGGCCAAAUAUGAGCCGAACAACGGCUGGAAGGAAAGAUGGUGGUAUCAAAUUAUUGGACAUUGCUGAGCAGCCACUUGGAUAUGCGGCGGCCAAGAAGCGAAAACGCCAGAUGGAGAUGGAGGAACAACAGAAGAAGGCUCAAGAGAUUGCUGCAGCUGCAGCUAGUGGAGGAGCUUCCACAACACCCCCAGCCACAGUGUCUUCCUCUACGCCUGAUUAUGCUGCUGGAUUGACAGCAUCGGCUAUCUAUACUCAACCAGCGACGCCUGCAGCAGCCCUUACGGCCAGUGUCAAGGAAAAUCCUUCGGUCAAUUCAGCCUCAUCAUCUGCCUCCAAGACAACUCCUUCGGUCAUCUCGACGUCCGGUGGAGCAACACCCAAGCACAGCAUUGAGACAUUGUACGAAGUGAAAUCGUCGAUGGAGUGUAAGGUGGAAUCACCGCAGGAGGAGGAAUAUGAGAUGAUAACAUCUCCUACGACUCCUAAAGCUCCAAAAAUGUCCGCAAAACUCAUUACGUCACAGGCUCCGGCUUUGGUGAAAUCUGAACCUCUGGCAGCGUCUUCCACGGCAACAUCUUCGCCGACAGGACCUCAGAUUAUCUCCCAAACGGUUAUUUCGUCUCCCAUGUCAUUGAAUAUGCCAGCACUGACGGUGUUCUCGAGUCCUGGAGCAGUUCAGGGAUCGCAUAUUGUGCGGCAGGAAAUGGCUGGAAGUGGGCAGACAGUUGUAGUUUCGCAGACACAGCCUACGGCUAGUCAGCAACAAUUCCACCAAAUAGCCCAAAUGCCAAAGAUCGUACAGAUCAAGACGGCACCCACGAUCAUGGUGACCCCGUCCCAAACCACCAGCAUCCCGCCAUUGAUUCCCAGUCAGCCCCAUCAAAUUGUCAGUCUGCAGAAUCUGCAGCAGCAGCAGCAGCAACAGCAGCAGCAGGAAGCUAAGAAAGUUAUUGGAUCAUCACACAUCACAACUCCAACAUCCAAUGUGGUAACCCUGGUGGCUGGUCCACAGACAGCUCAGGGACAGACGCUGGGUCAGAGCCUGGGUCAAACUGCUCAGAUUGUCACGGGGCAGGGAGGGCAGAAGUUUGCUGUGAUGUCCUCACCAAAUGUCAAAGGAAAGACUUUCAUACUCACAAAUCCCGGAAUGUUGGCCCAGAAGGGAGUGAUUAUCAAGAGUGUAGCUCCUGGAGGGAAUACUAUCUACCAACAGAUUCCCAUAAGUAAUGUGUCUGGACUGCAAAAUCUCACUGGAACCACAAUCCUGACUGGAUCUCCGGGUAUGAUUAAGGAUCAGAGUGGACAGCCUCAAGGGACAACACUGAAUCAGAUUCCUGCUCUUGUGCCCACCCGCAGCAUGUCACAGAAUAUCCCAUCAUUGACACCCGUGGUGAUUGCACCACAGAGUCAGCAGCAGAAUAUUCCGGCACUCAUUACGAAUGUGUCACAGUUGCAGCAGCAGCAGAAUACAAUGCAGAGUCCCCAGGGAACGAUCAUUAGGCCGGUACUGGCGACCAAUGUACAGGGACUGAAUGUACUUAAUCAGCAAGGAUAUACACUCAUUCAGCGUCCUGGUGGUCAGCCGACGCUCAUUCAGGCCAUUCCGGCGUCACAGGCCACGGUGCAGCAGGCACAGCAGCAGCCGCAGCAACAAACGGCUCAGAUCCAGCGAACGGCUACGGUUCAGGUGCAGCAACAGAGACAAGUUCAGACGGCUCAGCAGCCCAUCAGGAAGGGACUGUCGUUAUCGAGCGAACACGUUAACAAAGUGCAUGAGAUGUUCAGAGGUGCUAAUCGCGUCACGAGAUUGGACAAAGCUCUCAUAUUGGGAUUCAUUUCUGGACAGAGGGAAAAUCCACGUCCUAAUCCUGACAAUGUUGUCACAAUAACUCUCAAUCAGACAAAAGAAAAGGUAAAACAGGAAGAUGACACUGAUGCAGUAAUGCUCGUUGAGUCUUUCAUCCGAUUGGACUACAAUACAAUGGAAUACAAGACUUUCCAGAAGUGCCGACGCCUGGAUCAACCGGCGACGCACGACAAUCAAAAGGUAACAUCCGCGAGUGGGGGCAGUGCGCAAAGUUCAGUAGCUAUAUAAUGUUGCAUCAGUAUCUGAUGGGAGAGAUUCAUUUGAAAUUGACGGUUAAUUAUGGGAACAAUUAUGAAUUGGACAUAUGUAUAACAAAAUUUCAUUUUGCUAUCAGUGACAAAAUUUUUUGGGGGCUUAGGUGAUAAAUAGACAAAUGCCCUUUAACUUUACAUUUUAACUGAAUGUAUAUAAUACAAAUUGCAUAAGUUUAACUGACAAAUUAUUCAACAUACAAUUAUAACAUUUAAUGGACAAAAUGCGGGAGGAUUCUUUGAAAAUUUCGUUCCACUUCAAAAUUGUAUAAAAAAGAAUUGUUUUUUUAUUAUAGAUUUGUACAGAAUUAAAUGAGAAUUGAGAUUGGA